AAAUAAACACACACGCACGCAGUCCAGAGCGACAGGGUCCUUUAAUUCUCAAUCAUGGAGGACAUAAAGAAGAGAAAGCUGGACAACAGUGAAGGAAUCUCACCGCAUUCAGAGGAAGACUUGCGCGCCCUUCUUGACCCUCUCGCCAAGCCCCAGCUCGUCGAUCUCCUAGCUAAACUGGGUUCCCAAUAUCCUUCAAUUGCAGAGGAAAUUAAGGGUAUAGCCACAGCAGAUCCUGUUCACCGCAAGCUUUUUGUUCGUGGGUUGGCCUGGAAUACCUCUUCCGAUACUUUGUGUGCUGCAUUUAGUGAGCAUGGAGAAAUUGAGGAAGGAGCUGUCAUCUAUGACAAAGCGAGUGGAAAAUCGCGGGGAUAUGGUUUCAUCACUUACAAACAUAUGGAGUCAACUCACCGUGCGCUCAGAGCUCCUAGCAAGUUAAUUGAUGGUCGCAUGGCUGUUUGUAAUUUAGCAUGUGAGGGGUUAACUGGUUCAACUUCUAGCCAAGAUCUUACCCAGAGGAAACUCUACAUUGGGGGCUUAUCACCAAAUGUCACUAGUGAGAUGCUCCUCCACUUCUUUGGCAGGCACGGUGAUAUAGAAGAAGGUUCAGUUGCAUAUGACAAGGACACAAAUGAGUCACGUGGGUUUGGCUUUGUAACGUUCAAGACAGUGGAGGCUGCAAAGAAGGCCAUAGAUGAUCCACAAAAGACCCUUGGGGGGAGGAAUGUCAUUGUGAAACUUGCCGAUUCCCACAAAGGCAGAACAAUUCAAACACAGUUACCGACACCAAUGUUUCAAAUGCCGUUGCCUUUAGCACCUGGAUAUGCACAACCUGGAAAAGCCCAUCCAAGCACCGCCCCUCAUGGCUAUGGUUACCCACCAGCUGUGGGACCAUACCAUGAUAAUACUUAUUCAAGUCCUCCCACAGCUCCAUACCCAACACAGUCACAAAUUCCGUAUCCAUAUUACAUUGGCAAACAAUAAUUGAUGACAGACAGUUUUCAGCAUAUGUUUUGCAGGCCUCUAAACUAGUUUGCACAUCUGGUAGAUGAUUUAGGGAGAAUGUGUGUUGGGUUGGAAUCUUAUGUGGCAUAGAAGCUACGUUUCUGCACUGGAAUUUUGCUCUUGUUGUACUAUUAACAUGGUGUAGUCAAAACCUUUCAGUUGUUGUAGGUAGAUUUUUUACCAUGUUGUUAGAACUAGGGUACCAUUUUCCUUUGUUGCGAUGGAGACUUGUUAGACUAAACCCAAAGCUAUCACUUUUCACAAAAAAUUUGUUUGCUUGUCACAUGUUUUUCUUCUUUUUGUACUUCUGUUGCUUGAUUCUGUAAAAGAGAUGCUCAGGCAUUGAUGAAUUCGCCCGAUGAUUACACUUCGGUUGUAGAUGAACCUGACGGACACUUAACCUACCCAAUUCUGCAACUAAUUGCAACACUUUGCAUGCAAGGGUACUCCAACAGCCUCCAUGUAUAAUUUCUUUUUGCGUUGUAAAUUACACCAAGUGAUGCAGGGUUUGUAGGUUGGGUUUUGGAGGCGGUGAUUUCAGUCUGGAGUGGACUUCUGAUAAGAGUAACUGAUCAAGUAUGGCUAAAUGCCUGUUUCGAACUGAAGACCAGUUGGGAUAAGGAAAACUGUAGCUAGUUCUUUGUAUGGGAAGGUACAUACAUUGUCUGGGCUGUUUUCAUCUGGACAAAGAUUUGUCAAACUGAAGGAAGUUUACUUCCAGGAAAUCUUUGAGCUCGGCAAGGUUAUUGUUAUUUAAGAAGGCGAUAUUGUCUCCA